AUGAGAGAUCGUUUCACGAAACGGAUUCAAGUAAAACUUCUCGAUGGGAAUUUGAUUUUUCUCGAUAUUCAACCGUCUACAAGCGGUGCCACACUUCGUAAGGAGAUCGAUACACUUUGCGGGAUCGAGAAACUCGAUUCACUGCUAUUUGGCAUAGCUUUCAUCGAUGAUCGCGGCCAGUACUAUUGGUUUCCCGAAGAAACGCUGGAAAGUGAUGAGAAUUUCGAGUUUUUCGAGCGGUUCAUCAACGAAAAUCGAGUUUUGCACCAUCGAGUGAAAUUUUUCCUUGACUCUUGUCUUUCCUGUGUUCAUCCACUAUCGAUUGAGCUUUAUUUCCUGGAUGUGCAUCAGGAAAUCUUCCAGGAUAAUCUCUGUUUGGAGGAGUUUGACUACGUGGAGGUGGCUGCAAAUCUCAUUCAUGCUUAUGUUGGAGACUCAAAUGGGGAUAUUUCUUCUGUGGACACGUUGAGGUAUCUUUUGCCUGCAAGACCGAGAGCUUUCUUUCAAAAGAUUCAAGAGAAUAUGAUUGAUGAGAAAGUGACUGAGAUUGAGCGUGGGAUCCUUGAAAAUUAUAUGUUGUUGAGAGGGAAACAAAGGGGACAUUCGAUUGUCAGGGUGAUGCAAAUCGUGGAACGAUGCGCAACUUAUGGAAGUCGUUUCUAUUGUGUCAGAGAUGGGGUCACUGAUGAACAGUUGACAAUCGCCGUGAACAGUCGCGGCAUUUUCGUCUACAAUGUCGGCGAUUUCUUGGAGCCCGUUCAAUGGUUCGAGUGGAAAGAUUUGGACAAUUUAUUCUACAAAGAGACUGAAUUCAUGUUGGGAUUAAAACAAAGAAAAAUGAUGGGAAAUAGACCGAAUUCUUGUUUAAUAACAAGUGAAAAAGAUGUCGAAUUGCAGAAAGCUGUCAAUGAUCCAACAACGAAG